GUGGCUGUCACCAUCCAGUUGUGAAUUGGUAUUGUGUCUUGCUGCGCAGGAUCUAUGGUUGGGCAGUUGCUAUAUUAGUUAGGUAAGGUUGCUGGGUAUGAGUACUUGCAUGUGACAGUGAGAGAUUUGACUGCUGUGGGAAGUCCCAUAUCAAUAUUUUCAGGAAUUUGUUAUCUCUUCCUGUGUUUAACUAUCUGAAGGCAGUACUACCAUUUACAGACAUUUUUUAAUGGUAACUGUCCUCAGUGGUGGAGUGAAUCAGACAGGAACCUUCAUUGCCAUCGAUCGCAUUAUCUUCCAGAUUGAGCGUGAAGGCAUGGUGGAUGUGUCUGGAAUCGUCUCUGACAUGCGUAUGCACCGGCCAUUCAUGGUGAAGACAAAGUGCCAUUAUGUGUUCCUGAACCAAUGUGCUUUGGACGUCAUAAGGUCAAAGAUGGGCACCAAUGAGAAUCUGACCUACCAAAAAACAGAAGCAACCCACAUUUAUGAAGCUAUUUAGGCAGGUUGACUUCAGCAAAUUCAACAAAUGCUCAAAGUAACAAAGCACAAAAGUGUGCACAAUAUUUUGCCCGUGACCAAAUAAGCUUAACAUGUUAUUAACUAUAUUUCUGCUGUAUUUAAAUGUUUGUUAUCAGUGGUGGAACAAACCUAAGUUGGCUACUUUUACUCACUGUACUUAAAGGGAAACUUCUGGAUUUUUCAACCCGGGCCCUAUAUUAAGAUCUUCUUUGAUCCAAAUGUUUUAAAUCACAUCAAUAACUGUGAUGAAACUGUAGAAAAUGAUCUUGAUCUUCCGGUCUCUGAUGUAGCACCCUACUCAGUGUCUGCAGUUGAUUUUCUAAGGGAGGCGCUCUCCUUUGAGUACCCCCUCCGGCACCACACGGUACAGGCCAAUGGACUACAGGCACUGAAUGGAGUGAUAUGUCGGAGACCAGAAGAAGAGAAAGCUCAAACACUGACUGUACAAACAGUCAUUUUCUUGUUUCUUUCUCCACUAUCUGCAGCCACUGGCGCCUGCAGCUGUAAUGUUGUGCGCACUGUGCAUCAUUUUUUUUAAAUGAUUUUGUUAAAAAAAAAAUACAUUCUAUCUUGAAAAUAAAAUUGUGACAACAGCA